GCAGGUUCAGGUUUUGGAACUGUCUUUUUCAUCCUACUCCGGCUAGGGAGGAGUUUUACAGCGCGUUGACCGAGACGCACGUUAGCGAAAGUGAUUACGUGCACGCAAAGCUUGUAUGGAAUCAUUUCGACUGACACACUCUCGGCGAUUACAGUGAUCUAUACCUGAAAAUCGAUGUGUUACUCAGUGCCGACAUAUUCGAGAAUUUUCGCGAUAUAUGCAUGUCAACGUACCAGGUGGACCCGUCGUAUUAUUUCACGGCCCCCGGAUACAGCUUCGAUGCUAUGCUCAAGUUCACCUCCAUCAGGCUACAACUGCUUUCCGAUUAUGAAUCUAUAUUGUUUUUUGAACGAGGUACCCGUGGCGGGUUGACGCAAGCCAGCAAGCGUUACGCCAAGGUGAACAACCCGAAGACGCUUGGGUAUAAAGCUGACGAACCGGACACAUGGCUCGUCUAUCAAGAUGGUAAUAUUUUAAGAUAAUAAUAAUAAUAAUAACAAUAAUAAUACAUAUAAACUGUCGCAUGAAAAACAGACAUCUAAUUAAUGAUAAAUUGUGGGGAAAAAAGUUUAACUUUAGCCAUUGCGACGAUCGUUAUGUAUAUGCUUAUAAUAAUAUAAUAUCGUUGUUUCCACAUAGCUAAUAAUUUAUACGGGUGGAGUAUAUCUCAAAACAUUCCUUACGGGGGGUUUUCGUGGUACGCUGGAAAUCCGGACGUGGCAUUAGCUCAACUCGAGUAUAUGGAGGAGGCAGAUGACGUGAGGAGAGUGUACGAAGUAGACAUAUCGUAUCCGCAAAGUCUGCACGACGAGCACAACGACAUGCCGUUCCUACCACACGCCAGCAUUCCACGUGGGUCUAAAGUGCGGAAAUUAAUGGUCACAUUCGAACGUAAGGAAAACUACGUCAUACAUUAUAUGAAUUUGAAACAGGCCAUUGCAAACGGGUUGAUCGUCGAAAAGGUGCACCGAGUGCUGCAAUUUCGACAAUCUCGAUGGCUUGCACCGUAUAUCGCAUUGAACACGGGGAUGCGUGCACGGCUAAUAAAUUUGAGGAGCAAUUUUUCAAAGACAUAAACAACAGUGUAUUCGGUAAGACAAUGGAAUCAAUGAGGAAACGUAUUAACGUAGAACUUGUAUCAUGCGAAAAUUGCGCCAGGAUGCGAAAAUUGAUUAACCGCCCGACGUUUAAACAAUGCACCAAUUAUAGUGAAAAUCUUGUGGCAGUGACUAUGCACAAUAAAGAGAUCAAUUUCUGCAAUCCUAUUUACAUCGGGUUUGUCAUACUCGAGCGGAGCAAGGAGUUAAUGUUCGAAUAUCAUUAUAACGUGAUGAAACGUCAUUACGGCGACAAUAUCAGCCUGUUGUACACCGUACUGAUUCUCUGAUAUAUCACGUGAAAACACGCGAUUUUUACGACGAUGUGGUGAAAAAUCCGAACUUGCUGAAUCGUAUGGACACAUCUAAUCUACCACCUGAUCACAGGUGCUACACUUUGGCACGUAUGAAAUUACCCGGUUACUUCAAGGACGAGAUUUCUGGCCGAAAUAUACAUCGGUUUAUUGGAUUACGCGCUAAAUCAUACGCGUACGAUAUCGAGGGUGCCGUAAAUAUGUGAUUAGAAAUCACCUGACGUUCGAUGAUCUUAUGCGCUGUUUGUUCGCCGACGACGACGAUCACGAUCACGAUGGUUCGGAUGCAGAUGAUUAUUGUGAUAAGGAGUUCGAUGCGUCUAGAGGGAGGCUGAUAGCGAGAGAUUGCGCGCGAAUAGUCAUUAAACGUAUACAUCGAUACGCCGCGAUUGCAGCAAUUCCGUCAACAACACCCGCCGCCACCACCACCACCACCACCGCUACCAACACAACAACAAUCCUACAUGCCUUAUACGGCGUAUAGAGAAAAUAUAUCUAUCCGAUCGUAUAAGCACCAACUCAGCACGAUUAGAACUAGUAAAUUAGUCCUAAACAGAUUCGAUGACAAACGACAUAUUCUCCCUAAUCUUAUUGAUACCCUCGCACAUGGACAUUAUCGAAUUGAUUGAAUAAACAUAAAAAAAAUAUAUUGUUAUCAUUAUUACAAUUAUUAUUAUUAUUAUUAUUAUUAUUGUUAUCAUUAUCGUAAUUGUUAUUAUUAUUGUUAUUAUUACUAUCACCAUUAUUAUUGUUAUUGUAUAAUCUGUUAAAAUGUAAGCGGUAUUUGUGGCGGGAAAAAAUCUCAAUUCAAAUAUAUAUAUAUAAAA